AUGAGCAACCUAGAAAAGACCCUCUUCCAGCUCAAAUUCACAGCGAAGACGCUGAAUCGCCAGGCGAGGAAAGCGCAGAAGGACGAGAACGCGGAGAAAUCCCGCCUCAAAAAGGCGCUCCAGCAGGGCAACAACGACGGCGCGCGGAUAUACGCCUCGAACGCGAUCCGGAAGAAGAGCGAGUCGCUGAACCUCCUGCGCCUCGCGAGCCGCAUCGACGCGGUCGCGAGCCGCGUGGAGACCGCCGUCACGAUGCGCCAGGUGACGGGCAACAUGACCAGCGUCGUGAAGGGCAUGGACAAGGCAAUGGAGAGCAUGAACCUCGAGCGCAUCUCCCUCGUCAUGGACAAGUUCGAGAGCCAGUUCUCAGACCUCGACGUGCAGACCUCCUACAUGGAGGACGCGAUGGGCGCCACGACCGCCGUCUCGACGCCGCAGGACCAGGUGGACGCGCUCCUGCGGCAGACCGCCGAGGAGGCGAACAUCGAGCUCCAGCACGAUCUCGCCUCCAAGGACCUCGCGCGCGUGCGCGAGGAGGACGUGAACCUCGCCGAUCGCCUGCGCGCGCUGCGCCCGGCGACGUAG